AUGGAAGUGGGUGGCUUGAUAAAUAUUGAGGAACUUGAUGUUUCUGAGAACAAAUUGUCUGGCAAAAUUCCUGGAAUGUUAAGCAGUUGCCAGAGCUUGGAAUGCUUGUACAUGGAAGGUAACGCCUUUCAGGGAACCAUUCCCGAGUCUUUGAGCACCUUGAGAGGCAUUCAAGAGUUGGAUUUCUCACGAAAUAACUUGAGUGGGCGAAUUCCAGAAUAUUUAGAGAGUUUUACUUCAUUACAGAAACUAAAUCUUUCUUUUAAUGAUUUUGAGGGUCAAGUGCCUAUCCAAGGGGUGUUUGAAAAUGCAAGUGGGAUUUCUGUCAUUAUUGGAAACAGUAAACUCUGUGGAGGUAUACCAAAACUAGGCCUACCCAAAUGCCUUGUUCUGAGAUCCAAAUCGCGAAGAAAAUCAAGACAGAAGCAUUUGCAAACUUCAUCAGAAGACCGGUACAAGGACAACGUCUCUUAUGCGGAGCUUCUCAAAGCAACUGAUGGGUUCUCUUCCUACAAUUUGAUUGGCGUAGGAAGUUAUGGUUCUGUUUAUAAAGGAUACUUUGUUUCAGAUGGCCAAAUUGUUGCAGUGAAAGUACUCAAUCUUCAACAACAAGGAGCUUCUGGGAGCUUCCUUGCAGAAUGCGGGGCAUUGAGAAAUGUCCGGCAUUGGAAUCUCGUCAAGAUCUUAGCAUCCUGCUCAAGCAUCGAUUUUAAGGGCAAUGAUUUCAAAGCGCUAGUUUUCGAGUACAUGCCAAAUGGAAGUCUAGAGGAAUGGUUGCAUCCAAAAGUCGAUGAGGAACAUCAACCAAGAACUUUGAACCUUAUUCAGAGGUUAAACAUAGCCAUUGAUGUGGCUUAUGCUCUGGAUUAUCUUCAUCACCAUUGCCAAACGCCCAUUUCUCACUGUGAUCUCAAGCCAAGUAACAUUCUUCUUGACAAUGACAUGGUGGCCCAUGUGAGUGAUUUUGGCAUCGCAAGGUUCCUUUCCAUGGCCGUCGAUGAUCAGUACUCCACAAACAAAACCAACUCCAUUGCGGUGAAGGGAUCCAUUGGGUAUGUUGCUCCAGAGUAUGGUAUGGGUGGCAAUGUUUCUACGUCGGGUGAUGUGUACAGCUUUGGAAUCCUUUUAUUGGAGCUGUUCACGGGAAAAAGGCCCACAGAAGACAUGUUUAAGGACGGUUUAAGCCUUCAUGAAUUUGUCAAGAUGGCUUUGCCAGAUCAAGUGCUGGAAAUUGCGGACCCGCAGCUCUUAGAGGAACAAAAGGAAGAACAAGAGCAAGAUCAAGAAAUAGAGGAAGAAAAAGCUUUCAAUCAUAUCAGAAGUCGCGAAGUCAAGAGAGGUAGUGUCUUCGGGUUCUUGGUUUCUUUGUUUGGCAUUGGAGUUGCAUGUUCUGUUGAGUCCCCAAGAGAACGGAUGCAGAUGAAAGAUGUAGUCAAUAAAAUGCAAGUGAUAAGGGACAUGUUUCUUGGGGCCGGGCUCUAUAGGGAUGGAUAGAACAAGAGCCUUCGCUGAUCUGGGGCCCAUUCGUCUUACAUCAAUGUGGCUGUCAUCAACUCAUGUCCACUAGCAAUUUGCAUGUCUCGAUAAAAUUGGAUGGCUGAAAACCACUUGUCGAGCAUGUAAUUGUUACUGAUGUGGACAUUGCAACUGGGGACUUUCAUGGUAAUGUUUUGGACCAUGGUCAUGUCUGGGAGCAAUCCAUGUACAAGUAUUAUGGAAGUUUCCACUUCUUCUUAAAUUUUUUUUUUUGUUUGUUUGUUUGUUAUGCAACAACUGAUCACAUAUAUAUUGUGUUGCCAUGUUAACCUAACAUGUAACUUUUUUUCCUCUUCUCACGAGCCCAUAUCCAUUACAAACGUUUGUAUUUUAAG